AUGAUCUCAUUACUUCGUUCAGUCGGCCAUCAGUACGAUCGUUGGUUUCGGAGGAGUCCUCUUCUCACCUUGGCCGUUGCCAACGGCAUAUGUUCGGUGUUGGGCGACUCAGCUGCUCAGUUUAUCAGUCUCUGGAAUGCCGAUCCGAACCUCAUUGUCAACUUCAACUAUGGAAGACUGAUAAGAUACCUCCUAUACGGUAUAAACAUGGGACCGAUAAGUGGAAAAUGGAAUGAAUUUCUAGAAAGACAGUUUCCAGCGCGAUCUUCUCCCAGAUCAACUCAUUCAAGCAUCCUGAACGAAAAGCCCCCCAGUCCGAUCGAAUUGCUUGAGGUCAACGCAACCAUAUCUACAGAUCAUGAAGAAGACUCGAAAUCAUUCCCAGGAGGCUCAUCCACAUCCAAAACAGAUUCAAGUGGGAACUCGCUAGACUUGAUCACCAUCUUGAAAAUGGUCAUUACUGAUCAGUUAGUCAUGGCACCACUUUCGUUAAUUUACUUUAUCUGCUUCAUGGGCUUUACAGAAGGCAACAACUGGGAAGUGAUUUAUGCUAGACUCAAUCGGCUGUUUUUGAAGCUACUGCUGGCCAACUGGCAGGUCUGGCCGAUUAUUCAGCUAAUAAACUUCAAAUUUAUGCCACUGCGAAUGAGAGUUCCCUUUGGAGCUCUCUGCGGAAUAGUUUGGACGAUCUUUUUAAGUUAUGCAUCUACCUGA